UAUCUUGAUAAGCUUGAAGAUGGCACUCGCGUUUGUAAAGUUUGUGAUAAAAGUGCUAAAGUUGAAUGGGGUCCAUUCACGUCGAUAUCGACAAUAACACGACAUUUUGAACGAAAACACCCAAGUAUUUUUAAAGAAUUUCGAAAGCCUACAAAAAUU